AUGGCGGAGGAGGAGUUCCCCAACACAACUCAUGAAGGUUUCAAUGUCACCCUUCAUACCACCCUGGUGGUCACUGCGAAACUGGUGCUCCCGACCCCUGCCAAGCCCAUCCUCCCGGUGCAGACAGGGGAGCAAGCUCAGCAGGAAGAGCAGUCGAGCGGCAUGACCAUUUUCUUCAGCCUCCUCGUCCUCGCUAUCUGCAUCAUAUUGGUGCAUUUACUGAUCCGAUACAGAUUACAUUUCUUGCCAGAGAGCGUUGCUGUGGUCUCAUUAGGUAUUCUCAUGGGAGCAGUUAUAAAAAUUAUAGAGUUUAAAAAACUGGCAAAUUGGAAGGAGGAAGAAAUGUUUCGUCCAAAUAUGUUUUUCCUCCUCUUGCUUCCACCUAUUAUAUUUGAGUCAGGAUAUUCAUUGCACAAGGGUAAUUUCUUUCAAAAUAUUGGUUCCAUCACCCUAUUUGCUGUUUUUGGUACAGCAAUUUCCGCUUUUGUUGUAGGUGGAGGAAUUUACUUUCUGGGCCAGGCUGAUGUAAUCUCUAAACUCAACAUGACAGACAGUUUUGCAUUUGGCUCCCUGAUUUCUGCUGUUGAUCCAGUAGCCACUAUUGCUAUUUUCAACGCCCUUCAUGUGGACCCAGUGCUCAACAUGCUGGUGUUUGGAGAGAGCAUUCUCAAUGACGCCGUCUCCAUUGUCCUGACCAACACAGCUGAAGGUUUAACAAGAAAAAAUAUGUCAGAUGUCAGUGGGUGGCAGACGUUUUUACAAGCCCUUGGCUACUUCCUCAAAAUGUUCUUUGGCUCUGCGGCACUUGGCACUCUCACUGGCUUAAUAUCUGCAUUGAUAUCCUUUUAA